GCGGUUUAACAGAGACACAGUGUACUCAUUAGUAUGGAAGUAUGUAUCGGAAACAAGGUUCAAACCCUCGUGUUUAGUGUACAAUAUUGGUGUAUUUUAGGGUUUCUUUCAGCCAUUCGUGUUUAGGCGACUCACUUUCUAUAUACUUUUUCAUAUGAAUGGCUGGUUUUACAUGAGCUAGAUAGUGAAAGGGAAUAGAUGAUGAGAUCUGUGCUCCUGCUCCGGGCAGCGCGUCGUGUUCUGCGCUGCUCGCGGUUCACGGUCACACCGGCACCCGCACGACACGUCUAUUCUCUCCAAUCCAUCAUCCUCCCACACGUGCCUGCGUCCUCCAGCUCUUUCUCCAGCUCUUUUUCCAGCACUCCCACUACAGGUCAGAGCAGUUUGUCCAGCCGAAGUCACACCUGUGGAGAGCUGAGAUCCAGCCAUGUGGGACAGGAGGUUACAUUAUGUGGCUGGGUUCAGUAUUUAAGACAGGAUCUGUUCGUGAUUCUGAGAGACUUCAGCGGCUUGGUCCAAGUUCUUAUCCCACAGGAGGAGUCUCAGCGGGAACUGAAGGAUGCGUUCUGUGGGUUAACGGUCGAGUCGGUCAUCAAAGUGAAAGGAAGAGUCCGGCUUCGUCCAGAGGGCCAGAGGAAUACGAACAUGUCCACCGGAGAAAUUGAAGUGUGCGCCGAGAGCCUGGACUUGUUAAACACCUGCCGCAAACUGCCUUUCGAGAUUAAAGACUUUGUCAAGAAAUCGGAAGCCCUGCGGAUGCAGUAUCGCUACCUCGAUCUCCGCUCGGCGCAAAUGCAGCACAAUCUGAGACUGCGUUCGCGACUCGUGAUGAAAAUGAGAGAGUACCUUUGCAAUGUACAUGGAUUUGUGGACAUAGAGACCCCAACACUGUUUAAAAGGACCCCUGGGGGUGCCAAAGAGUUUGUGGUGCCAUCUGGAGAACCCGGAAUGUUCUACUCUCUUCCACAGAGCCCUCAGCAGUUCAAGCAGCUUCUGAUGGUGGCAGGUCUGGAUAGGUACUUUCAGCUGGCACGCUGCUAUAGAGACGAAGGCUCCAAACCUGACAGGCAGCCUGAAUUCACACAGCUGGACAUUGAGAUGUCUUUUGUCGAUGCGGCUGGAAUCAUAGCUCUGAUUGAGGGCUUGCUGCAGUACUCAUGGCCAGAAGACAAAGGAACGAUCAGCACCCCUUUCCCCUGCUUGACGUACAAAGAAGCCAUGAAAGAUUAUGGCGUGGACAAACCUGACACUAGAUUUGGAAUGAAGCUUGUGGAUGUUAGCGAGACGUUCCAGCACACACAGAUUGAGUUCAUCAGGAACGUUAUCGCCCAUCCAGGCGGCUGCGUCCAGGCCAUCUGUGUUCCAGACGGAGCUAAACACCUGAAGGGCAAGGACAUGGAGUUCUUGAAACAAACAGCCAAGACUCAGUUCAACCAGGAUGUGGACUGCAUGCUGGUUAAAGCAGAGGGAUCCAUCAAAUCUCCGCUCAGUCGCUUGUUACCGGACACAACAAGGCUGCAGCUGCUGCUGAAAAUGAGCGCCAAAGCCGGAGACCUGCUCCUCGUUGCUGCCGGAGCCCAGGAGCGGGUGCGUCCUCUUCUGGGGAAACUGAGAUUGCAGUGUGCUGAGCUGUUGGAGGGACGUGGUGUGCCUGUACGUGACCCUUCAAUCUUUAACUUCUUGUGGGUGGUGGACUUUCCACUUUUCUUACCUAAAGAGGAUGAACCAGAGCAACUGGAAUCUGCACACCACCCCUUUACUGCACCCAUGCCUGAGGAUGCCCACCUGCUCUACACCCAACCCCACAAGGUGCGUGGCCAACACUAUGACUUGGUGCUGAACGGCUGUGAGAUCGGUGGCGGCUCCAUCCGUAUUCACAACGCCGCUCAACAGCUCUAUGUCCUGGAGAACGUCCUCAAAGAAGACCCAUCUCUCCUGUCUCACCUUUUGGAAGCAUUGGACUCCGGGGCCCCUCCGCAUGGCGGGAUCGCAUUAGGUUUGGAUCGACUGGUGUCCAUCAUUGUGGGCGCUUCCAGCAUCAGGGACGUCAUCGCCUUCCCGAAGUCCUUCAAAGGUCAUGACCUCAUGAGCCAUGCCCCCAGUUUGGUUCCAGAGGAGGAGCUGAGGCCAUACCACAUAUCUGUGCUUUGGCCUAGUGCUAAACAUGGACGUGACAACAAACCCUGACGCAUGCACUGUAUAUCAUUUUACUGAAACUUGCUUCUGAUUGUGAAGGGACUCAAUUUUCUGUCGAAACUCUGAGCUGUAUGGAUCAAACCACUUUUUCUGUUAAACAUUCUCUUUAGAAUGCUAUAAUAUCUGUACUCGUGAAUAUUAAAGAAUUUUUUUCUACUCCA